AUGCACAACUCCCUCUGGGGCACCACAACCAUCUCCUACACAGGAUGUGCUGCACAAAUCUUUUUCUUUUUCUUCUUCAUGUCAACAGAGCUUUCCCUCCUGACCAUCAUGUGCUACGACCGCUACGUUGCCAUCUGCAAACCCCUGCACUACGGGACCCUCCUGGGCAGCAGAGCUUGUGCCCACAUGGCAGCAGCUGCCUGGGCCUCUGGGUUUCUCAAUGCUCUGCUGCACACAGCCAAUACAUUUUCUCUGCCCCUGUGCCAGGGCAAUGCCCUGGGUCAGUUCUUCUGUGAAAUCCCUCAGAUCCUCAAGCUCUCCUGCUCACACUCAGGCUACCUCAGGGAAAUUGGGCUCAUUGUGGUUAGUUGCUGUUUAGUGUUCAACUGUUUCAUUUUCAUUGUUUUCUCCUAUGUGCAGAUCUUCAGGGCUGUGCUGAGGAUCCCCUCUCAGCAGGGACGGCACAAAGCCUUUUCCACGUGCCUCCCUCACCUGGCCGUGGUCUCUCUGUUUAUCAACACUGCAGCAUUUGCCCACCUGAAGCCCUCCUCCAUCUCCUCCCCAUCCCUGGACCUGGUUCUUUCAGUUCUGUGGUGCCUCCAGCACUGA